GCAGCAGUCUGUUGUUUCCGGCUUCACUGCGCUGGAGCUCAAUCGCUCAGUUCCUGGUGUCUAAAGUCUCGGGCUUCACUGUGCUGAAGAUGCACCAUGGAUGAUCCGUUCUUCGUCGUUAAAGCUGAGGUACAGAAAGCAGUGCAGCGUGGGCGGGGACUUUGUGAGAGAUGGGCGGAGCUUCUCCAGGAAGAAGAACCUGUGAGCCGAGAUGAACUGGACUGGAGCAAAAAUGAACUUCGCAACUGUUUACGGGCCAUCGAGUGGGACCUGGAGGAUCUACAGGAGACAAUCAGUAUUGUACAGUCGAACCCUGGUAAGUUCCGUCUGUGUGAGAACGAACUACAGGAGAGAAGAGAGUUUGUGGAGCAAACACGCACUGCUGUACAGGAGAUGAAGCAGCAGCUCUCUAGUCCCUCUGCUGUUGCUCAGGUGGAGAAGAAGAACAGGCAGGCUCUGUUGGACACACAGCGGUAUGCAGAUUUAGAUUCUCACCUGGUAUCAGCAAACUCGAGGUACAUUGAAGAACAACAGGAGCAGCAGCAGCUGAUAGUUCAGGAGCAGGAUGAGCAGUUGGAGCUGGUUUCCGGAAGUAUCCGUGUUCUGAAGGACAUGAGUGCCAGGAUUGGAGAUGAACUGGAUGAGCAGUCUGUUAUGUUAGGGGAGUUCAGUGAGGAGAUGGAACAGUCGGGUUCCAGAAUGGAUUCAGUGCUCAAGAAACUGGAAAAAGUUUCACACAUGACCAGCAGCCGGAGACAGUGGUGUGCUAUAGGUGCUCUUCUCAUCAUCCUCCUCGUCGUUCUCAUCCUCUUCUUUACUCUGUGAGAGACAGAACUGUCUGGCUGAGCGACUGAGAGACAGACAGACAGACAGACAGAGAGAGACAGACAAAUGUGUUCUCCUCCACCAGCAGACUGUUAAUCUCUCUCUCUCUCUCUCUCUCCCUCUCUCUCUCUGUGAUUGAGUUUUUAGUGUUAAUAUUUUUACACUGCACUGGUGAUAAAGCUGAACAGUGAGCUGAGAGUUAUGUAUAGAAUUAUGCUUUUAUAUAAUGAUGCGAUAAUAAUCUUUUUUAUCACGCUUUGUCUCUCAUGAUGGUGGAGUAAAGACUUUGUUGACUCUGUUGUUCUAAACAGCCUUGUUUUUAUUUUCUAAACUUACAAAAACUGAAAACUAAUAAACCUAAAAAGUGAUAGAGAAAAUCUGAAGUAAUAAAACCUGUGACAUGGUGAAUAAAUGCACGUCACACACACACACCUGCAUUUCAUAUGACUGAACACACGCACAUACACUAUAUUGCCAAAAGUAUUCUCUCACCUGCCUUGACUCGCAUAUGAACUUAAGUGACAUCCCAUUCCUAAUCCAUAGGGUUCAACAUGACGUCGGUCCACCCUUUGCAGCUAUAACAGCUUCAACUCUUCUGGGAAGGCUGUCCACAAGGUUUAGGAGUGUGUUUAUGGGAAUUUUUGACCAUUCUUCCAGAAGCGCAUUUGUGAGGUCACACACUGAUGUUGGACGAGAAGGUCUGGCUCUCAGUCUCCGCUCUAAUUCAUCCCAAAGGUGUUCUAUCGGGUUGAGGUCAGGACUCUGUGCAGGCCAGUCAAGUUCAUCCACACCAGACUGUCAUCCAUGUCUUUAUGGACCUUGCUUUGUGCACUGGUGCACAGUCAUGUUGGAAGAGGAAGGGGCCAGCUCCAAACUGUUCCCACAAAGUUGGGAGCAUGGAAUUGUCCAAAAUGUCUUGGUAUGCUGAAGCAUUCAGAGUUCCUUUCACUGGAACUAAGGGGCCAAGCCCAGCUCCUGAAAAACAACCCCACACCAUAAUCCCCCCUCCACCAAACUUUACACUUGGCACAAUGCAGUCAGACAAGUACCGUUCUCCUGGCAACCGCCAAACCCAGACUCGUCCAUCAGAUGGCCAGAUGGAGAAGCGUGAUUCGUCACUCCAGAGAACGCGUCUCCACUGCUCUAGAGUCCAGUGGCGGCGUGCUUUACACCACUGCAUCCGACGCUUUGCAUUGCACUUGGUGAUGUAUGGCUUGGAUGCAGCUGCUCGGCCAUGGAAACCCAUUCCAUGAAGCUCUCUGCGCACUGUUCUUGAGCUAAUCUGAAGGCCACAUGAAGUUUGGAGGUCUGUAGCGAUUGACUCUGCAGAAAGUUGGCGACCUCUUCGCACUAUGCGCCUCAGCAUCCGCUGACCCCGCUCCGUCAGUUUACGUGGCCUACCACUUCGUGGCUGAGUUGCUGUGGUUCCCAAACACUUCCACGUUCUUAUAAUACAGCUGACAGUUGACUGUGGAAUAUUUAGGAGCGAGGAAAUUUCACGACUGGAUUUGUUGCACAGGUGGCAUCCUAUCACAGUUCCACGCUGGAUACACACCUGUGGCCGUGGAAGUGAUUGGAACACCUGAUUCUGAUUAUUUGGAUGGGUGAGCGAAUACUUUUGGCAAUAUAGUGUACAUCAUAAAGAGACAGAUGAGAGGGGAUUUACUUUCUUUUCUCAAAUACAUGACCUUAAUGCUUUAUAAAUGCUCUGAUGAACCCUGUGUGUAAUCCUGCACACACACACCAGUCUUUACCCAGCAUUCCCUCUGACACAGUGUUACAAACACAUUCAUGUUUGUGUUUUCAUCAUAAAAUUAAACAGUUUAUGAUGCCUGUAAA